AUGAUAUAUUACAGAAAGAAAGAAGAGCUUGAAACACAAGUUUCAUUAUUUUCAGCACAAACUUUAUCAUCUUCAAUACAAGCUUUGUCACUUUUAAAUUAUGAACCUUUGGAUAACUUUAUAACACGACCUCUUUCUAGUAUUGAUAGAAAAAAAUUCAAUUUAUUAAUAUUACAUGUUACUAUUUCUUGUAGAUUUGCUUUAUUUUGGAUUAAUAAUUUAGAAGUUAUUGAACUUUUUAAGUUUUUGAAUUCACUAAUUAAAUUAUCUAAUAGAAAAACAUUAUCAAAUAAAAUUUUACAUGAAGCUAUUACAGAUCUUAAUAAUACAAUGAUUGAAAAAUUAAAAUCAGAUAGAAUUGAAAUUACAUUAUCCUUUGAUGGUUAG